GGAGCGCGCGCAGCGCCGCCGGAGCCCGCCGCCCUGGCCAUGGCCAAGGCGGGCCGUGCAGGUGGCCCUCCCCCGGGUGGUGGUGCCCCCUGGCACCUUCGAAAUGUCCUCAGCGACUCGGUGGAGAGCUCUGAUGAUGAAUUCUUUGAUGCUAGAGAGGAGGUGGCUGAAGGGAAGAAUGCCAUCCUUAUCGGGAUGAGCCAGUGGAAUUCAAAUGACCUGGUGGAGCAGAUGGAGACCAUGGGGAAACUGGAGGAGCAUCAAGGAGAAGGGAGCACGCCAUGCACUUCCAGCCUCCUCCAGGAGAAGCAGCGAGAAUUGUACCGGGUUUCCUUGAGAAGACAGAGGUUCCCAGCCCAAGGAAGCAUCGAGAUCCAUGAAGACAAUGAGGAAGGCUGCCCGCAGCGCUCCUGCAAGACGCACGUCCUCCUGCUGGUGCUGCACGGGGGGAAUGUCCUGGACACGGGCUCGGGGGACCCAUCCUGCAAGGUGGCCGACAUCCACACCUUCAGCUCCGUGCUGGAGAAGGUCACGCGCGCCCACUUCCCCGCGGCCUUGGGCCACAUCCUCGUCAAAUUCGUCCCCUGUCCUGCCAUCUGCUCCGAGGCUUUCUCGCUUGUCUCCAACCUGAACCCCUUCAGCCACGACGCAGGCUGUCUCAGCAACAGCCAGGACCAAGUCCCUCUGGCCGCCCUGCCCUUGUUGGCCAUCUCCUCCCCACAGUACCAGGAUGCGGUUGCCACCGUCAUCGAGCGAGCCAACCAGGUGUACGCGGAGUUCCUCAAAUCCCCCGAUGGGAUUGGCUUCAGUGGGCAGGUGUGCCUCAUUGGGGACUGUGUGGGGGGCCUCCUGGCCUUCGAUGCCAUCUGCUACAGCGCGGGGCCCACGGGUGACAGCCCUGGCAGCAGCAGCCGGAAGGGGAGCUUCAGCAGCACCCAGGACGCCUCGGUGCUGGUGGAGGAGGAGUGCAGCCUGGCCGGCAGCAAGCGCCUCAGCAAGAGCAGCAUCGACGUCUCCAGCGCCUUGGAGGAUGAAGAGCCCAAGCGGCCACUGCCACGGAAGCAGAGCGACUCCUCCACCUAUGACUGCGAGGCCAUCACCCAGCAUCACGCCUUCCUAUCAAGCAUCCACUCCAAUGUGCUGAAGGAUGAAGCCGAGUCCCCAGCGGCUGGGGGCCCCCAGGUCCCCGAGGUCAGCCUGGGCCGCUUGGAUUUUGAGGUGUCCGACUUCUUCCUCUUUGGCUCGCCCCUGGGCCUGGUCCUGGCCAUGCGGAGGACGGUGCUGCCCGGACUGGAUGGUUUCCAGGUGCGUCCUGCCUGCAGUCAGAUCUACAGCUUCUUCCACUGCGCAGACCCCUCUGCCUCCCGGCUUGAACCUCUGCUGGAGCCCAAGUUCCACCUGGUGCCACCUGUCAGCGUGCCCCGCUACCAGAGGUUCCCGCUGGGUGACGGACAGCCCCUCCUCCUCGCUGAUGCCCUGCACACCCACAGUGCCCUCUUCCUGGAGGGCAGCUCCCGGGGCAGCCCGCCGCUGCUGGACGCCCCUGCCUCACCCCCUCAGGCCCCGAGAUCCCAGCGCCGGGCACGAAGGAUCAGCCAGGGCAGCUCCAGCGAGAGCUCGGAGUCCUCGGACAGCCUGGCCCCCAUGGGUGCCUCCCGCAUCACAGCCAAGUGGUGGGGCUCCAAGCGCAUCGACUACGCCCUGUACUGCCCUGACGUCCUCACGGCCUUCCCCACCGUGGCCCUACCCCACCUCUUCCACGCCAGCUACUGGGAGUCCACGGAUGUGGUGGCCUUCAUCCUGAGACAGGUGAUGCGCUAUGAGAGCGUGAAUGUCAAGGAGAGCGCUGGCCUGGACCCCGCGGCACUGAGCCCCGCCAACCCCCGCGAGAAGUGGCUUCGUAAGAGGACCCAGGUCAAGCUGCGGAAUGUCACUGCCAACCACCGGGCCAACGACGUGAUUGCUGCUGAAGAUGGCCCCCAGGUCCUGGUGGGGAGGUUCAUGUACGGGCCCCUCGACAUGGUGGCUCUGACCGGCGAGAAGGUGGACAUCCUGGUGAUGGCAGAGCCGUCCUCCGGCCGCUGGGUGCACCUGGACACAGAGAUCACCAACAGCAGUGGGCGCAUCACAUACAGCGUGCCAAGGCCCCGGCGCCUGGGGGUCGGCGUCUACCCCGUCAAGAUGGUCGUCAGGGGCGACCAGACCUGCGCGAUGAGCUACCUCACAGUGCUGCCCCGGGGCAUGGAGUGCGUGGUCUUCAGCAUCGAUGGCUCCUUUGCGGCCAGCGUGUCCAUCAUGGGAAGUGACCCCAAGGUCCGGCCAGGGGCAGUGGACGUUGUCCGGCACUGGCAGGACCUGGGCUACAUGAUCCUCUACAUCACGGGGCGGCCGGACAUGCAGAAACAGCGGGUGGUGUCAUGGCUGUCCCAGCACAACUUCCCACAGGGCAUGAUCUUCUUCUCCGACGGGCUGGUGCAUGACCCGCUGCGGCAGAAGGCCAUCUUCUUGCGCAACCUGAUGCAGGAGUGUUUCAUCAAAAUCAGCGCAGCCUACGGCUCCACGAAGGACAUCUCCGUCUACAGUGUGCUGGGCCUGCCACCCUCCCAGAUCUUCAUCGUGGGCCGGCCCACCAAGAAGUACCAAACCCAGUGCCAGUUCCUGAGCGAGGGCUACGCGGCGCACUUGGCGGCGCUGGAGGCCGGCCACCGCUCGCGCCCCAAAAAGAACAGCUCGCGCAUGAUCCUACGCAAGGGCAGCUUCGGCCUCCACGCGCAGCCCGAGUUCCUGCGGAAGCGCAACCACCUGCGCCGGACCAUGUCGGUGCAGCAGCCCGACCCGCCCGCCAACCCCAAGCCCGAGCGGGCCCAGAGCCAGCCCGAGUCCGACAAGGACCACGAGCGGCCCCUGCCCGCGCUCAGCUGGGCGCGCGGGCCCCCCAAGUUCGAGUCGGUGCCCUGAGGGCCUGGCGGUGCAGCAGAGCAGGGGGUGGGGGGCCCACCAGGGCUGCCUGCGGGGACGGGAGGGGCUGCCUUGUCCCCGGCAGACACAGGCUGUUUCCUGCUUUUUCCCUCCCGUGUCUGUCCAGCAAAGUGUCCAACCAGCGAGGCGGGAGGGACCCUGCCUGGCCUUGGCAGGGAGGCUCCCUGGGCGGCAAAGGGGUGAGAUCCAGAGGUCUCAAUGCAGUCGCUGCUGCUCCCUUAGGCCUGCAACACAAGCCCCAGUCAGGGUGGAUGUCUGUGUGACUCCCCGGGGGCAGGCUUGCCCGGAGCCCGAGUGUUUGACAAAGUCGACCUUCUCUCUGAGCUCCGGAGGCUUCGGCAGUGAUGGUUGGCAGGCCCUAAAGGGAGGCGCCCCCGGAUCAGGGACCAAAAGCCACUGGCAAAUGCAGCUUCUUGGUUGCCUGCUGGGGUGAGGGGAGGGGGGGCAAGUGGCAUUUGUGCCCGCCCGCUGGCGACAUCCCAGGUCACCAUCCUGGGCCUGGCUCUCCUGUGGCCAAGUGGCCACUUUCUGGGAGUGAGAGGAUGUCCGGUAGGUUCAUCCUGUGUUUGAGUUGUCUGUCCACAGACGGUUGGGGGUGGGGUCUGGUGCUGACGGUCUGUCCUCCUGCAGCUGUCUGUUGUCCCCCUUUUCUCGUCCUCCGUAUCCUCGCCUUUCUCCCGGAGCCCUGGAGGACACUCCUGCCUCUUUCCGGAGUCCUGCCUGGUGCCGUCUGCCGUGAGGCUGAGGCCCUGGGCUCUGGCCUAGCUGGGCUGGCCGGGAACCCUUGAGCCUGUUGCUUGCCCUCGCUGGGCCCUGCCUUCCUUCUGUAAUUGGAGAGGUCUCCCCAGCUGAGAUUGUGGGGCGUUUUUGACUCCUAGGCUGCCCUGCACUUCUGCCCUCUGCGGCAUUUCAGGCCUAAGAGCCCUUCAGAGUGCCCAGUGAUCUAUACCCUCCCCGUAGACUGAGAGAGGGGCUCUGGGGGCCUGUUGCCCCACCACUUCCAAGGAAGCCCCUCUGCGGGGGUUGCUGGGAAGGGGGGUCCCUGCUCCGUGGAGAGGUUUGCUUUGCACUGAUGCCCAAACCUGGUGUCCCAGGAACAGAGACAUCUCCCAGCAGGCCCUGGCGUGGCUCCUCUUCCCCAGCUCGGCUCAGAGUGAUUUCCCUCUUUGGCUCCUGGAAGGUAGACAGCUGAGGUCCCAGAGCUCCGGGGGUUCAUGUAAUUUUGGCUCAAACUGUUGUGUUCUCUGCCCUUUCCCCAGCCACUCAGCUUGGUUUAAUGCCCAUAACCUCCUCUUGGGUCGUCCCUUGAGGCUGGCAGGGCUUGGCUCUCCUGGGGUUCCCUCAAAUUCUGCCCAGGCCUUCCUGCUGCUGAGCCCCUGGCCAGGGCAUUGGUCUCCUGCACUUCUCCUGCUCCCUGGCCCAGACCCACGCCUGCCCGUGUGGGGUGCUUCCCGGGCCGCCUCUGAGUCCCUCCGGGCUGUCGCUGAGGCUGGUCCAGCUCUUUCAGCCGGGCUCUGUGUUGGGGGCUGGGCUGCCCCAGGGCCCAGACGUCUGUAUGCCCAGCAGGCACCUGUGUCGCUCACUGUUGCUUCUGCUGUCUACCUCUCGCAGCUCUCAUGUGGCCAGGGUCCUCCCCAGUGGCAGCUGCUGGUGGGGGCAACUGGCCCUGCUGUUGUGAAUCACCUGGCACGCUCGAUGCCCCUCUGGGGCUGGAGGGAUCCGGGCUCCCAGCCCUCACUCCUGCCCUACGAGAACUGUCUUCUCCAGCUCCACUUCCAGCGCUGCAUCUGCACCCAAACUCAGAGCUGCUGGCAAGUCUGUCAGGGAAGGGUGAUCACCCCCAGCUUCUUCUUUGGUUCUGCCUUCUGGUGGCUCAUGACGGGCCCAUCCCUCCUUUAACAUUUCAUCCUUCUUGGCUGUCCAUUGGGCACCAGCUCCUAUGGCAUAGUCACCCCAAAGCCAGUCUCUCCCCUCCUUUCCAAAAUAGACCCCGAAUUAAACUCAGGCAGACAUAGUCUGCUUCUCUGAAAUCCAUCUCCUUUUUGCAGAAGCCACUGAUGUAUUACUCUCAAGUGAUGAAAUAAUUAGCGUGAGAUACUUCUCCUCCAGUAAGAGUACCUCUACCCCUUUUUUUCUGAGAACCCCAGCCUGGGAGCAAGAGAGGCUGGGACCCUGAAGAAUUUGGAGUCUGGGGGAGCAGGGUUCUAUGGUUGUGGGGGGUCAGAGCUGGGACGUGAGCCCCAGCAGGAGGGCCCACAGCCCUUCCCUUCCAGAGCUCUGGGGCUCUGACGACUUGCACCUUGAUGUGGAAGGUGUACAAUGAGGUAUUCUGAACACAGUGCUUUGGGAGCUGCAGUUGGUGUGUGUGAAUGUGUGUACGUGGGGUUCUGUAUAGUGAUCAGAUUCGUUUCAGUACUGCUUUCAUGGCAACUCUGUGACCAAUAUGCACUUUCUCUGCUAGUGGUUUGUUUGAUUUUUGUCCAUCCAGUUGAGUUGGAGAAAAACAAAGAACCAACUUGUGUUCUCUGGAGGGGCUGCCGCUGCCUCUCCCGGAGUAGUUCUGUGACCCCCAAUCUGGCUGUUUUCUAGAGAAUCCUUCCGGCUCCUGGUGUGCCUGCUCCCAGGGGCUGGAAAACAGAUCUUCCCGCCUGACCAAAGCUCCUUGUUUCUUGUGUGGCAUGUUUGUUCUUCCUAGUCCUGGGGGGCUAUCCCGAUAGAUGGCCUGCCUGCUGCCUUUCCCUACCUUCGCCCUGUUGGGGGUUCAGGGUGCAUCUGUAGCUAGGGCCUGCUCUUCCAGCCUCAUGGCAUUUUUCUAAAGAUCUCAACUCCUCUCUUAGGCUCCGCAACAGAUACAUUGAAAAAAAAAAGUCAGACUCUUUCAUGCAUUUGUAUAAACGGCCCUCCAGUCUGGGUGCUGGGCCACAGAAAAUAAAGUUUUGAACCCCAGUAUUCCAGACAUUACUGGGGGUGGGCUCUAGGAAAGAGGGGAGGUUGGAUCUCGUGGUUUUUAAACUGUACUUUUACCACUCUGGAGCCCAGACCCACGCCCUGGAAGUACCCUGCAGACAAAACAUGGCACCAAUGUUUCAAUGGAAGCCGGACCCCGAGGCAUGUGGAAAUGGGUCACGAGGUGGUGCCGGUUUUGCGGGGACACUCACCCACCCAGCCCAGGUGCAGCUCCGCCCGGGAGGGGUGCCUUGCCUGCGGAGCCUCAACUUGACCCCGCCUUAAAUGACCAACCUUCCUGCAGAAUCCCCGGGGGGUUGGGGUGCCAAGUGCUCUGGAAACCUAUUCUCUUUUGGCUCAACCAAAAGAAACGUCCCCUCCCCUUCCCCUGACCCCGGGCAUGGGGCAACUUUCUUAAAAAUCCUAAGUAGGGUUCAGUCUAAGCAGCGAGGCAUGGCCUGGGUCCUUGACUCCUGGCUGAGAAACCAACAGGGUGAUUGGAAAAAAAAAAAAAAUCAAGAGUUUGUCCCCCACCCUCAUCACACAAGGAGAGGCAGGUGACAUCAAGGAGGGGUGGGACAGUAGGGCGGCGGGCUGGUGGGGACUCCUACCCUCGGACCCCGCUGUCCUUGUGUGUGUUUACUCGGCGAUGGCAGCCCAUCUGAUCUUGUCUGUCUGACUGUUCCUAAGUGUGUAACUCGCAGUAUUAUUUGUGGUGGAUGGUUCUGUGGUGAAAAAGGUUUAUUCUAUUUCUCAUGGCUGCCUUGUACAAAAAUCCGUUAGAAAAGAAAAUGUAAAAUACGAGAUUUCUAACAAGACAAAAACAGCACUAUGAAGUUAAAAAGAUUUUUACAACUGGUCUUGAUUUUGAUGUGAGCUGGUUUUUAACUCUCAAAUGUUGUCACUUAAAUAAAAACCUUAUUUGCCUUUAAAACAUGCUUUGCUCUGAACCAA